AUGAUCACCACAGGAGACGCCCAUGUAAAGGUUGAGAAACAGAUGAUCAUGGCUCGCAACAGACCCGUCUUUGUCGGAUCCACCUCUGGAUCCAGACACCGCGAUUUCCCCUCUUCAGUUGGCCCUACUACUUUUAUUGAAUCGGGUAUUCUGGUAUCUGGGGAAGUGCCUCCUGGAUCGACUUGGUCUUCUGGUACGCUUACGUACGACGGCUCCCGUUUGACCAGUGCCGGCACUCUUGGCGGCAUCCAGGAAUUCGGUCUGAUAGGCAGUUCGGAUCUAUCUCCGGAUCCGCCGGAUCUAACGGAUUGGCUUCGUUCUCCUGUGCUCCAUCCUCCACAGACCCCUGGCUACCUGCGGGCUGGCUCUGGGUAUCUCCUGCUUUCAAUGAUCCAGCCGUCACCACUUGGAUCCCAAUCCGACGAUUUCUCAGUAGAAUCUUCCGCGGAGCUGGAUAUGAAGGUCCUUGGAUCGCUGUAG